AUGGACCCCUCACGUCGAGGCCAGCCUCGCCUCUCCGUACGCCUUCCCGCCGUCAACCUCGCGUCCGACAUCAGCAACACGGUCGUCCCCCUCCCAGAUCUGCCACCCAUCUCGGCACUCUUUCUCAUCGACUUUGACGUCAAGGCCGGUUACACAAUCGCCUGGAAGCAGGCUGCCCCCGGCAUCGAGCUCGAGGGUCUCGUCGAGUACAAAAGCUUGCCAUCCGGCCUGCACACGGUUUCCGAUGAUCUCAUCUAUUUCGUCCACGAAGGUGCCCAUGCCGGGCUGAGCGCCUUCGUCAACAUGCCCUGCGACGAAGAGGAUGCCCGCAAUGCGCGCAUGAUCGCCGUCGGUGUUCUCGUGCCCCUGAGCUACGGAAGGCUAGGCCGCGCCUGGCGUCAUGCCGACGGGCUCAAGGAGCUGGCAGUCAAGCUGGCAGAGGACCGCAAGCGGACUGGCCUCCUCGAGGCAUACUGGUCAAAGGCCAAGAGCCAAGAGGAACCAGCGCCGGAUCUGCGCCGGAGUGAUGCUCUCCUUGAAUCACCUCUCGUGGGCGCACAUACACCCAAGUUGAAGCAGGGUCACAACAGGAAUCGCUCGGCGUCGGACGGAACAGUUCUCAGCCAACCUGGCAACCGUCUAUCCUCACAUCACCCUGCAUGGAGCUUGAUGCCGCUGCUCGACACAUUCGGGCCACUCAUCUUCCCCAUCCACCGGGCCGCCCUCCUGCGGAAACGCAUCUUGCUCUCAUGCCACGCGCCGGUGCAUGAGAUGUGUAAUUUUGUAUAUAACAUCUCAGUCCUCUCCAACAUACCCCUCUCCGUCACGGAGAUCUUAGGUUCAGACUCCCCGUCACAGCGUUUGCGACCGCUCUUCUCCAUCGGCGUGCACGACAUCAAUUUCUUACAAGAAGAUUUCGAAGCCUCCAAGCGCCCGAGGACCAAAACGGACAACAAUGUGGCUGACGAAGCGGGCACUGGCUGGGUCGCUUGCACGACCGAUAGCAUCCUGGCCAUGAAGGAUACACUGUGGGACAUGCUGAUUACCAUGCCACCCCCGUAUGCGCCCAAUGCAAAGGAAAAGGUCUGGCCGACCGUGGAAUGUCCCCAGGGCGUUCCGGUUCGGGCGACCCAACGUGAUCUCCGUCGGUUCCGCGCCCUCAAGGGUGGGCUUUCUCGCCUGAAGACGACAACGCCAGGGCCCCGUCCCGCCGCUGAGAGCCCACCAGCAGAACACACGUCAGGCAUCCAUCUCACGACGGGUGCCUUUCCCAGCACAGGCGUCGAUUCGGACGAGGCGCUCGAUAAGAUUGUCGAGCCAGUCAGUUGGACGGCGCUUGCCUAUAGCGGCUUUCUCUGGUGGGCAAGCGCAGGUGAGCAGGGUCGCAGCGAUGAACAGGAGGAGGCAGCACUGGAUGCGUCUCUACUGGCAGAUCUGGGCCCUUCGACGCCGAGCAUGUCGGCGCCAUCAUCAGGCCGAAGGCUGAGCGGCGGUAUGGGUGACUCGGUCAAUUCCUUGGCCGGACGUCGAGCUACGCUGUCGACCGAUGACGACGAAGCCAGAAAGGAACUAGCCAUCAUAGCCUACUUUCACCGCCUCACGACACAGAUGCUGUCAGUCAUGGCAGACGCCGUGGACAACUCGGAGCAGGAGCGCUACGAGGAUGACGAGGACGACGAAGACACAGAUGCCGCGAUUGACGAAAGCGAGGAAAGCAGUCCGCUCCAGCGGGGCGUGACUAGCAGGGAAGAGCUCGGCCCAGUCCAGCUCGGCAGUCACGCCGUGGAGAGCAUGGGCCUCGAUGUCUGGAACGGUCACGACGCCCACUUUGUCCGCGAGCUAGCGUCACUGUACUUUGAUCGCGAGGUACGCAUCGAGGGCAAGGGGGUCGAAGUUUGCGGGUCUGGGUGUGGCGUUGAGGGGUUGGCCGAUGGUACCGCGGACACGAUGGCGUCGUAA